UCUGAUUUGGUGAAGCGCCCGCCAAGGGAGUCUCUGGAGUGGCUGAGGAAGGAGAGCGAUGCACAAAAGGCAGGAGCGCAAGGAGGUGUCAACAUUUACAUGGUUAAGCCUAACUUGGUUGUAAUCAUCUCCCCUUCUGGCAAAUAGCAUGAUGUCAAAUAGAAGUAAUCUUGCCUACCAGAGUUUUGGGACAGAUUCCAGUAAAAUGAUGGAAGACUACAGUCACGUGCAAAACCAGGUGGCACUACAAAAUGCUAGUUUAGGGAAGGAGGUAGCGAUGAAUUCCCUUGAAAAUGAUCUCCAGGAUAUAAUGGACAGGCUCAACCAGAAAAAAAAAUCAUCAACUCUGAAAUUCAAAGCAAAUGGUGACUAUGCUGGUUCUUACUUAACACUCUCACCGCCUCUGCCACCUAAGUGUAGCCCUGCAUCCAGUGUUAAAAGCAUGCCAUCUGUUACCAAAAUUCAACGAAGCAAACCAUUGACUUGUGAGAGCUCUUAUCUUUCAGACAAGAAUGUCUCUGGCAAGCAUAUGGGCUCCAUUUCAGGCACGUCUCCAUCCUUAAGUGGGUACAGCCUAGGAAAGAGAGAGUUUGAUAUUUAUGCGACCAGAGAAAAUGAAAAGCAGUUUGGACAUCUGGAUAAGUUUCCCUAUUCAAAGUACAGUCAGAAAUAUAAAUCUCAUGAUAAUGUCUACUUCCCAGGAGUGCUGGAUGGGCGUAAAAACUCUGGAUCUCUUCUUGCAAUGUGGAAUGGAAGCUCAGCGAAUGAGAUAGUUCUUUCGCCAGUCGGGAGUUCUGGAGCUGCCAGUAUGCCCUCUAGUCCAAAGCAAGGCAGGAGGAUGAAUAUUCAGGAUAUCCUUUUACUUCAGUCCAGGUCAGCUAAACAGAAGGACCCAACAAUGGAAAUGCUGGGGACCAGAACCAGGAAGUAUUCUGGCGGUUCACUGAGCCAUAUGGGAGUUUAUAGCCGUUCAUUACCGAGGCUUUACAAAUCAACAGAAAGCCAGCUCAUGCCACUAAGUUUACCCCCAAGAAACUCCCUUGGGAACUCCAAAAGAAAAAAAGCUAUAGAAGAUCCUCUACCUCAAGGUAUACUGGAUACUGACAAUUACCUUAAUUUUUCUUCUUACACCUCAGGACUUUUGCCGUAUACAAACUUUGCAUCAGAAACCAAUUCCUAUGUGAAUUCAACUCUCAGUGUUCCUGCAAGCCCCCGUAUAGCUCGGAAAAUGCUUCUGGCUCCUUCUUCCUCAUAUGCACCGGAUGACUUUGAUAGAAUUGGACUCUCAGGGACAAGCCCAAAUAAUUCUUUUACUUCUGUGGAUUCCGAGAGAGCAUUCCCUGUCAGAAGGAAAGUUUCUAACAGUUCCAUGGAAUUUGAUGAAACAGAGCUAGAAAGCGUCAGGCAGACUCCUUCCAUACGGGAGCGAAAGAAUAGCAUUAGCUCUGUUUCUGGAAGGGAUGACCUAAUGGACUACCACAGGAGGCAGAGGGAAGAAAGGCUUAAAGAGCAGGAGAUGGAACGACUGGAACGCCAACGGUUGGAGACCAUUCUUAACUUGUGUGCAGAAUAUUCCAAGCCGGACAAUGACCCUGACACUGUCACAACUGUAGCUGAUGUUCAAAAAAUUAAUAAAGAACUUGAAAAGCUUCAGCUAUCUGAUGAAGAUUCUGUAUUUGAAGUUUCUCAGAUGACUCCCGAAACAAGAUUCAGAAACCACUUGCAGUCGCCUGCUGGAGAUUCUGACUUCUCUGAAUUCAGUGAUCUUGGUCCAAAUGUUAUGGAGUUCUUUUCCCCUAGAGGGAUCAGAACAAAUAAACAUUUAGGUGACAACAGGACAACUUCACCUUUACCACCUUCUCCCUUUUUGAAGAGUGUCAAUGAAUCUUCCUACCUAAGUAUCUUGUCAAAGGCACCAGAGUGUAUAAGUGAUGAACAAAGAGCGCUGGAGCUUAAUCAGAUGGAAGAACAACGCAUUAUAAUACUGAAUAACUUGGAAGAACUUGAACAGAAGAUCAAAGAUUUAAAUGAUCAGAUGGAUGAGUCCUCCAGAGAGAUGGAUAUGGAAUGUGCCCUAUUGGAUGGGGAGCAGAAAUCUGAAACAGCUGAACUUCUCAAGGAGAAGGAAAUACUGGAUCAUUUAAACAGGAAGAUAGCGGAGCUGGAGAGGAAUGUUAUUGGUGAAAAGACCAAGGAAAAAAUAAAGCUUGAUGCUGAGAGGGAAAAACUAGAAAAGCUUCAGGAGCUUUACUCCGAGCAGAAGACCCAGCUUGAUAGUUGCCCUGAGUCCAUGAGGGAACAAUUACAACAGCAGCUAAACAGGGAUGCUGACCUGUUGGAGGUAGAAAGCAAACACUUUGAAGAUCUGGAGUUUCAGCAGCUUGAAAAUGAGAGCAGGUUAGAUGAGGAGAAGGAGAACUUAACACAGCAGCUCUUGCGUGAAGUAGCUGAAUAUCAACGCAACAUUGUCAGUAGAAAGGAAAAAAUUUCUGCUCUCAAAAAGCAAGCCAAUCAUAUUGUCCAGCAAGCACAAAGAGAGCAAGAGCAUUUUGUUAAAGAGAAGAAUAAUCUGCUAAUGAUGUUGCAGAAGGAGAAAGAAAACCUUUGUAAUCUAGAAAAGAAGUACUCUUCACUAUCAGGAGGAAAAGGCUUCCCUGUAAGUCCCAGCAGUUUAAAAGAGGGUUAUAUGAGUGUAAAUGACAUUAGUGAGCCGUAUGGCCAUUCCACGAAUAUAUACCCUUCCACUCAGCCCCCCACUGCUGCUGCUGCUGUUCCCACUGAGCCUUCCACAGCUGGCCUGAUGAGCCAGACACAAAAUAACGAGCUAAGAUCAUCUCUCUGUUCUGGAUUUGUGUUUCCUCACUCCCUUUCUCCUCGCCCUCUUGCACAACUUUCACCAGCCCACUGGUCUGAGGUCAGGGCUACAAAUGUAGAGCCUUUUCCUUUACCUGACACACCACCACCUCUUCCAGCUAAGAAACACCGAAGGCAGUCACAGCACUUCCGAAAUCUGGAAGAGAGAAAAAAGCAGCAUAAAGAAGGCCCGUACAUGAGUGAUACUUUGCCACGCAAGAAAGCAGCUCCCUCUGUAUCACCACAUUUCAGCAGUUCCACUCUUGGACGGAGUGUUAAGGGUCAUCUCCCACUUGGACAAAGCAAUAGCUGUGGCAGUGUACUUCCUCAUUGUUUAGGAACGAUGACCAAAGAGUCUGAAUCAAGGAGGACACAUAAAGGUUAUAACCAACAUAUAUGUGAAGAUCAAAUCCAGAAAUCUCCUGAAUUCUAUAGCAGAACUGCCUCUGAAUCAAAUGUAUAUUUGAACACCUUCCAUUAUCCUGAUCAUUGUUUUAAGGACCAUGCCUUUGACUCUCUAAGCUUAGAUAGUUCUGACAGCAUGGAGACCAGCAUAUCUGCCUGCUCUCCAGAUAAUAUCUCCAGUGCCAGUACUUCAAAUGUUGCAAGAAUAGAAGAGAUGGAAAGACUUUUGAAACAAGCUCAUGCUGAAAAGACUCGAUUGCUUGAAUCCAGGGAACGAGAAAUGGAAGCUAAAAAAAGAGCGCUGGAAGAAGAAAAGCGUCGCAGAGAGCAAUUAGAGAAACGAUUGCAAGAAGAAACUAGCCAGCGACAAAAACUAAUUGAAAAAGAAGUCAAGAUACGUGAAAAACAGAGAUCACAGUCUCGCCCCUUGACUCGCUAUUUGCCAGUCAGAAAGGAAGAUUUUGAUCUACGCAGCCACAUAGAGACAGCUGGACAUAACAUAGAGACCUGUUACCAUGUUUCACUUACUGAGAAGACCUGCCGAGGUUUUCUUAUUAAGAUGGGAGGGAAAAUUAAAACAUGGAAAAAACGAUGGUUUGUGUUCGAUAGAAACAAGAGAACAUUUUCUUACUAUGCAGACAAACAUGAAACCAAAUUAAAAGGAGUAAUUUAUUUCCAAGCCAUUGAAGAAGUCUAUUAUGAUCACCUAAAGAAUGCUUAUAAGAGUCCUAAUCCGUUGCUUACUUUCAGCGUUAAGACACAUGACAGAAUCUAUUACAUGGUAGCCCCUACACCAGAAGCAAUGCGGAUAUGGAUGGAUGUAAUAGUUACAGGGGCGGAAGGCUACACCCACUUCAUGUUAUAGUAAAAUGGUGCAAAGAUUCAUUGACAGGGCAUAAUGCAAUAACAGCCUCACAUCUGGGAAGCGUGGGGAGAAGCCAUAUUUAAUCACGUUGGACAAAUCACAUAAAAUAACAAGGUCACCUCCCUUUUAUACUCCAAAAUGAAACACUUGGUGUAUAAGAGAGCAUUAAUUCUUAGAUUUGGUAAUCAGCUGCUUAAAAGAUUGUAGUGCUCCGAAAUGGAUAAUCAGGUCACCAUAAGCCUGGCACACAGAUUCUGUGGCAGUUUCUUGCAAAUUCUAUCAUGCAGAACUUUCCUAAUAAAAAUAAAGUUCACAGUUUAAAAGUGAUCUACUCUUCAGUAUUUUAACUGUUAAGAAAUGAAAGGGAAAGGUAUGAUGUCUGUAUUUAAUGUACAGAAUUUCUGUACAAUUUUAAUGUUAAUUCCUUCUAGGUUUUAUAACAAUUUUUAAAACUACAGUGUGUGAUGUUUUUGUCUUAGUGUACUGCAGAACCAAAGAUUCACACUGUAUGAUGAGAUUUAGCUUUUAUGUAAUGGAAGAGUGUUAAAACUCUUCAUAAAUAUUGUUGGAGUUUCAAAAUAUCACCACCAUUAUUUUGUUCUUUUGAAAAUACAGUACAAAAGCUACCGCUAUGAGGUCAGCUUCAAAUGUUACACAAAUUGAGUAUCUUCCAAAUGUGUUUCACCAAGAGAAACUAUUUUUGUAGGGCAAUAUCAAAUGAAAAUCUGUAUGUAUUAGGGCCUCCUGUUCUGCAUUUCCUCAGUAUUGCAGGCUGUUAUUUAAGUUCUGGAAACAUUAAGAUAUCCAACCUGCUACAACUGAAGAAAGAAUUAUGUGGGUAAUGAGGUUUGGUAGAGUUAAGAACUACAGCUAAAAAGCCACGGCAUUUUACUUACAUCUUGGUGAUUUUAGCAACCCAAAAACCAGAAACUUCCUCAAAAUGCAUUAUUUUAUUGUAUAAAGUUACAGAGAAAGCUUUGUUUGGAGACUCUGGGGCCCGUACAGGGGAUAUAUGAUCAGUCCACAGAUGGGUUAGGGAAUACCCUGUACUCUCGUUGGAAAGGUUCACAGGUUUCAACCCUUCCACAUAAAGACCAUGACAGAUUUUUCAUGUAACUGAAUACCCUCCCAGAGUCUGUUGACUUAGAAGCUAGAAGUUGGAGCAAUGUCCUUGAGCGCAGAUGAGACUAGUCAUCAACCAGACUCCUUGAAUUUGACUAGAGUUAUCUAUCUUGGUAAUGAGGAAGAGUAGGGCCAUCUCUCUAGUAUUCGUCUAACACCAGGACUAGUGGCUACUGUUUGAGUGCCUAAACUUACUCUGCAUUCUGAACAAUGCAGCAGCUGCUGGCUCUGCUGCCCAUUUUUGUUACUAUUCUGUUCCCAAGUCAACCCUCCAGGGUGCCAUCACAGGAUUUUUUGUGUCAUCAGUUACCAGAUGCAUUUAUAACUUAUAUUGCUCUCAGACAAAUAUUUUGCUUCCCAGAUGUACUUGAAGCUUUCUUCUGAAAUAAAUAUACAAAAAAUGUAAAAAUAGAAUAAUCUGUCAUUUAUAUUUACCCUGAGCCAAACACAGUAAAUAAAAUAUUUUCUAUGCUCUCUAUGGUUUCCAAAUAGCCAAUAUGGGUUUCAUAGCUCAGUCAGUAGUGAAGACUUUUUGCAUGCAGAAGUUCCCAGUUUCAGUACCUAUAAUCUCCAAUUUUAAAAGGUUCAGGUAGCAGGUGAUGUAAAAGACGUCUGUCUGAGACCCUGAAGAGCUGGUGCCAGUUAGAAUAAUAGGCAAUAGUGAGCUAGGUGGUCAGAUAUUCUUACCUGGUAUAUGGCAGCUAUGAUGAUAUGGCAAACUGUUUUAGACCCAGUGGAUCAGUUAUAGUUCAGUAGUCUGAAGGGGGCUACACAGCAUUAGCCCAAGAAGUCUGAAGUGUUCAUGUUUUCAAGAGAUUACCAUUCCUCUCCUGUGAAAAUAUGUUCCUCAAAGAUCUUUUCUAUUUAGAAAACAUUUUAAAUCUUUCGAUAUUGUAUUCAGAUGAAUGAUUGAAUUUUAAAUUUUAAGUCUGUGUUUGAUAUUCUCUCUUGAUAAUCUGACUUUGUAAGUGCCAUACACUUUUUAAUGCAGGAGAUGAAAAUUGCUAUUUCUGUUUAAGCCAAUUAUAAAUAAAUACAUCACACUAGCAGAAAGAGUUGUAAGAUUAACUAGAUCCUGCAUGAACAGAGCUGAUUGUUUGUUUGUUUGUUUGUUUACAAUAUGGUAUGAUCAAUAAUGCAAUAGUUAACGAAUGCCAGUCCUGACUGUAUUUACUUAAAAGUAAAUCCCAUUAAAAUUUACAUCCAAGUAAGUAUGCUUACAGCAGGGAUGGGGAACCUUUUUCAACCUCAGGACCAUAUUUCAUUGUGCACAACCUUCUGGGGAUUGAAUGAUAAUAAUAACUGGGCAACAAGCAAAAGUGGAUGGAGCAAUGGACAUGACUCAACUUUGUUUAGUAGACAACAUUCCAGCCAUGCAGAAGUCAGAAGUAUCUACACACAUGAACAGCCUACACAUCUCUCCAAGGGGCGUUAUCACAGUUCAAUAACACAAUCCAGCCAGGCAAAAGCAUUCAAAAAGAGUGUAAAACAGGACUGGUGAGGUAUGUGGUCCGUGGAGAGGUCAUGGCUUGGAUAGAAUGCUGAGGGCUGUAUUUGGCCACUAGGCUUGAGGUCCCCCACCCCUGGUUUUUAAAGCCUUACGAUCAUGUUUUAAGGCUGCAUUUGCUAAGUUCGAUCAAAAUUUCAAACUACUUUGAUGUAAAUGAUUUUGAGGAACACAGUAUAAAUGGCUCAUAACAAAGUAAUUGUGAACUUCAACAAAAAGGAAGGAACUGUUACCCCAAAGCCUAAUUUACAUCUUCUAAAGAAGAAUGGAUAAACUGCUUAGAGUGUCUUUUGUUUUUGCUUUUACUAUGAUGAUGAUGGUGAUGAUGAUGAUGAUGGACUGCCUUCAAAUUGAUUCUGACUUAUGGCGACCCUAUGAAUAGGGUUUUCAGCAGUAUACAAAUCCCCUUAAAUAAAAUAAAUAAAAAUAAGUGACUUUUGCAAUGUUUGAAAAUAAGUUCCCGACACGAGUGGCACUGAGUUAUAUAAUUUCUGUCAUGUAUUUUGAUUUUACUUCUAUGUCAUUUUACAGGUUUUCUAUUUUUUUUUGUAUCA